UUGCAGGUGGAAGGUACAGCGCUGUUGGCUGCCCCCGGGGGACCGAGCAGACACACUGAGUGAGAGCUCAGUGCCGGGUCGCUGCCAAUCUCACUGAAUUCACCUUCCACUCCGAGCAGAAGCUCUUGCACUCGGCCACAGGGAGAGCCGAAGCGAGUCGCUGGCCGCUGCCGGCUCCUGAGUGCGGAAAGUGGCGGCUGGAGCCGCAGCCGGAGCCGGCCUCUCCCCAUGGCUGGGGAAGGUGUGCGCACAAAGGGAGCGGCUGCCCCUGAGGAGCAGGCAAUGGGCGAGCAGCUCCCGGCCAAGGAGCGGAGGGUAACCGAGGGGUCGCGCUGCGUGGCGGUGGCCCUAAGUGGGGGAGCGCCCUGGGGAUUUACCCUCCGAGGAGGACGAGAGCACAAGGAGCCCCUCCUCAUCACCAAGAUUGAGGAGGGAAGCAAAGCAGCGGCGAUGGGCAAGCUUCAAGUCGGAGAUGAGAUGGUCAGCAUCAACGAUGUGAUCCUCACUGGCUACAGGCAAGAGGCAAUCUGCCUCGUGAAAGGUUCGCACAGGACUCUGAAGAUGGUGGUGAGAAGGUGUAACGAACCAGCGAGUAGGCCCCACUCUUGGCAUUCAACAAAGUUCACAGACAGCCAGCCGGAAUCCGCCAUGAUGCAGCUGUCGUCCAGUGGGGUGUGUUCAUCGUGGCACUCAAGGUAUCACACCACUUCCUCAUCGAAUGACCUCUCCAACACAUGGGACCAGACCAACCUGCACCGCAUUUCUGACCAGUUCAGCUCUCUGGGAAGCAUGGACAGCCUCGACCAGCCCCCACCCAUCUACCAGCAAGGCAGGCUGUCCCCUGCCAAAUCCAGCAACAGCAUGGACCACAUUGCUCAGCACAACAAGCGGGAUUCAGCUUACAGCUCAUUCUCCACCAGUUCCAGCACGCCGGACUAUACCCUAUCCUCCUCCAAAAGCGACAGUUCAUCCUCCACUGAGCAUAUGUUGAACAGGAUGUCCCACUGGGAGGCCAUGAGGCCUGGUAAUGGACGGCAGGGUCAGAGUGCAACCGAUCAGGAUGGUCUGGAGGAGAAACAGGGACACUUGGCAAAUGAAGAUGGAGUGAGCUCACGGCCAGAGGAGCAGCUUGCCUCCAGGCACUACAGCUCGGGCAGAUCAAGCUUCGGGCCAGUGUGGCACGUUCCAGAGAAGAGAAUCGCCGGCGAUACCCGUGUCCCCCGGAGGAUCUCUCCUCCCCCACCCCCUCCUGUCCGCAGCGACAGCUUUGCUGCCACCAAAGUGCACGAGAAGGUGCAUGCCAGCGGCCUGAGUGAUGGGAACGGGCCCUCUCGCCACCAGGCCUCAGAGAAGCCUCAACUCCAAGGGAAUUGGGCCUCAGAGGCCGUUGAUUGUGAGCAGAGGCUGGUGGGUGAGAACAGGAGGGUGAAGCAGCCCAGCCCUCCAUACAUGAGUGACUUGUCUCCCCCGGCCUUGUUAGACAAUAGCAGGCAGCCCAGUGCGAGCAAGCUGCAGUACUCCCUGUCCAGCACCGAUGUCCGCCUCUCCCUGCCCACUUUCUCUUCGUCUCACCCUCGGCAGUACAGCGAUGAAAGCACCUUUUACCACACGAGCCUGGACAGGACUGGGACAGCACCCAGCUCAGCAUUUUAUCACUGCCCCCAAGAACUGCCCGCUGAGACCACUCAACGUUACGAUCCAACCCAAGCCAGGCCAAUAAAAGCAGCCCUUGCGGCUCCCGCAAGGGUGGAGAGCUCGCCGAGCCCAGACAACAGCGGCCAGAGCCGGUAUUACUGUGUCACUUCCAGGCAGCCGGCCCAAGUGGCCAUGCGACCCUCCCGGGUCAAGGUGGAAUGCUGGGAUGGCUAUAAAGGAGUGAGUUACCCCCCCAGCCCAGCUCCCAGCAGCAACAUGGCAGCCCCCAGCCCAUCCCCCAGGCCCCCCCGAUAUCAGCCCUCUCCCCCAGACAACAACAGCGUCUGCAGGCUCGAAGGGAGGGCCAGAGUGAGGACCAGCGCCCAGGGCAACGGGUCACAGAAGGUCAAUGAGGAAGAGCGAGGCGGUAGCAGCACAAGUGGCGGCACAGCUUACGGGCCGGAUCACGUCACCACCCAGGCCUACCAGCAGCUGGGUUACUCUGAUGGAGGCCGGUACCAGCCCCAGGACCCCUGCUGGCUGGAGAUGGGGAGCGGAAUGAUCUGCCCGGACAAAACACCGAUGCUUCAUUCCUUAGCGCAGGAAAGCCGGAGCCUGCAAGUACCCCGGGCUGACAGCUCUGGCCACCCACCGCCACCUGACGUCAACCCGCUGGUCAAGCAGCAGCGGCGGGGUGAUCGCUUUGCCACCGCCCUGCGCAACGAGAUCCAAAUGAAGCGGGCCCAGCUGCAGAAGAGCAAAAGUGUCGCCGCCUUGACGGGCACCUCAGGGGUGGAGGCAGCUGCCGGCAGCUGCCAGGAGGAGCCGCCGCCCAAUUCUGCCGCCUCUUCGGAGGGUUCCUUUUCCGCUUCCUAUAAGGACGACCUGAAGGAGGCUCAGGCCCGGGUCCUCAGGGCCACCUCCUUCAGACGGAGAGACCUGGGGCCUGUGGUGGUCCCUCGCCAACCCAUGCUGUCAGACCGCCGCACGCCCGCUUACCCUGCGCCGGCCGUCACUCACGCUCCCAAGGAGGGCCCCACCUCAUCGUCGCCUGGCAACCCCAGGGCGCCAGCGCAAGCCACCGCUCACCACCUGGCCCGUGUGGGUGGCAGGAAGAGGCUGACCCCGGAGCAGAAACUGCGCUCCUACUCCGAGCCAGACAAGAUGAACCAGGUGGGCAUGCCCGAUGACGUUCAGGCCCCUCAGCCGGGCACGGUGCCCCCGAGCUCCUUUGCGGACAGGCGACAAUUCUUUGAAGUUGGCAGCAAGACAGGCCGCCCCACCCCGGCCUACAGCAGGCUGGCAUCCAAACAAGGGCCCCGUCCCAGUGGUGGGGAGGCCCAGUGGAGGCAGUCCGGGAAGAGCAGCAGCGCUGAAGCAGAGGACUGCCCUUCUGAGGCUGAAGGCCGAGCCCGGGCCAGCUCGCUGGGCUGUGAGAGCGCCCAGCGGGGACGUGAUGCAGCGGGGAGCUGGCUGCCAAGGAACAUUGUGGUCCAACCGAACAGGCUCUCUGAGCAGCCGACCCCCACUGGGUACCCCAGUGACCAAGACUCCAAAGGGCACAAAGCAGAACCACAGCGGCUGGGCACUUUUGCGGAAUACCAGGCAACGUGGAGAGAGCAGAGGAAGCUCUCAGAGGCCAGAAGUUCCGGAAGGUUCCAUUCUGCAGACAAUAUCCUCGAGCAGAGUUUCCAGGAGCCUGUGGAUCCACAGUAUGUGCAUGAGAGAUCCAGAUCCUCCCCUUCCACUGACUUCUACAUCCAGGAUGUUCCCAUCGAAGUGAGAAGACAUCCCGAAGGUUACCAGAAGGGGAUGGAGUGUUCAGCACCCAAAGCUGGAGGAGGAAAGACAAGCCUUCCCGCAAGACGCCUGGAUUCUGGGAGUAUAGAGAGUACCUCGGAGGGACAGAAAUCUCCAUUGGGGCAAAAUUCUAAGCACAACUGGUCUGAAAGAAAUGCACAAACGAGUGAGAAUCUGCCUCAGCAAUGGCAUGAGCGUCCAGUCACCAUGCUGAGCGGGCACCGGUACCCGGGAGCGGAUGGGGAUGAAUUGGAAAGGAAACCUGAACUGGACCAUCGGCAGGCCUGUCCUGAGAACCAGACGCUGAGCACCUACUGGGCCACAGGUGAGGAUCUCGUCUGGGCUGAGGAGAAACUCGCAGCGGCCAGUCGAAGGAAAGGGGCAGCGCCACCAAAAACUGACAAGAACGGACAACAGGGGCUCCCGUGUUCGGGGACAGCCCCUGUGCCGGAGCCCACGCAGGUGCCACCUGACCCGCUGUGCGUGGGCACAACCGAAGCACCGACCGGUAGCACCGAGCUACCACCCCGCUCUGCGGCCGGCGGUGACAACAGUUCACAGGGGCCUCAGCCCGGCGACCGCUCCAGGGAUGCCCACUUUGGGAAAGUGCCGCUGAAAGAGGACAACAAUAAAAGCUCGGCGUUCCAUUUCAUCCCAAAGCUACCGAUGGAUGUUUCCCGGUCUCCUUCUCCGCAGUUUGCACCACAGAAACUCACUGAUAAGCCCCCGCUAACUGUGGAAGAUGACGACCUGGCCAGGAUCGAGAAAGUGACAGAGAACAACACGACGGUCAAGAAAGUGCCGAUUAAGAUAGUCUGUUCGGAAAGCCAGACAGAGAAGGAAAGUCGGCACAACCUCCUGAACAACGUGGACCUCAUUGGCUUCGGCAACAAAGAGCAGCUGCAAAGCAUCGGGACCUGCGAGCAUCCUUAUUCACUCUUUGCCGCGUACUCCAGACAGGAGCCAGAGCCACAGUGGGUCAGGAAGACCAGUCUGAGCAUCGCACAGUCUGAAGUGGCAGCAAGCAGCUCGAGGGAGAACAAGGAACUCUCUCCUGUGCCCAGCCACGUGAAAACUAGAGAGAAGAGCGUCGAGGACAUCAAAUCCGAGGAAUUGGUGAAGGAGAUUGUUGACAAAGAUCGAUCCCUGGCUGAUAUUUUGUCUCCUAAUUCUAAAAUGAAGACCACAAUGGAUUUGAUGGAAGGGAUAUUCCCCAAAGAUGACACUUUCUUGCAGGAAGCACAGCAACGCAGGAAGCUGCUUCCUAGUCGAUCUUUCUCGCCCAAGACUGCAGAGGAAAGGGAAGAAGAGAUUAUGCCCAUUGGAGUCUCUCUCACCACGAGCUCAACUUACUACAGCACAUCUGCACCGAAGGCUGAGCUGCUGAAUAAGAUGAAGGAUAUGCAGCAGCAGAUGGAGGAAGAAGAGGACUCCGAAGAUGAACUCAAUCAUGACCUUACAGAAAAGAAGCAAGAGCUGAUUGACAGCAUAAGCAAGAAGCUGCAGGUGCUGCGUGAGGCCCGAGAAAGCCUACAGGAUGACAUACAGGCCAACAAUCUCCUAGGUGACGAGGUGGAGGCCUUCGUCAAAGAGGUCUGCAAACCCAACGAGUUCGACAAGUUCCGAAUGUUCAUUGGGGAUCUGGACAAAAUAGUCAACCUGCUGCUGUCCCUUUCUGGUCGGCUGGCCAGAGUAGAGAAUGCCCUCAACACCUUGGAGGAGAGUGCCUCUCCGGACGAGCGGAGGACCCUCACUCAAAAACAAAAGCUGCUUACAAGGCAGCACGAAGAUGCAAAGGAGCUGAAGGAGAACUUGGACAGGAGGGAGCGGGUGGUGUUUGACAUCCUUUCCAGUUACCUGACGGACGAGCUCCUCCAGGACUACGAGCACUUUGUGAAGAUGAAAUCGGCCCUCAUCAUUGAGCAAAGGGAACUGGAGGACAAGAUCAAGCUGGGAGAGGAGCAGCUGAAGUGUCUCCUGGAGAGCCUGCCCCUCGAUGGCAAGCCAAAGUAGAAACCGAGGGGUUAACUCGUAACUGGGCACCGAGAGCAGCCAUCAGCGCCUGCUCCCCCUCUUUCUGUCGGUGUGUGUGGUAUAGCUGGAUCUGUCCACUGGGGGAGCUGAGCGUGGGAGGAAUCACGCGAAGAAUUGAGGCCACGAGCCCGAGCUGCAAUGUUCCAUGCAGAACCGAGUUCUGUCAUAUUGAACAUUUAAUGUUUUUAAACUUCAGGAUAUUUAAUCACAUACACUUAACAAUCUGUCUGUUGCCACCCCAACACCCACCGCUGUCCCCUGCCAAUUUGUCCUGCUUUUAUCUGAGAAGAAUGGAAAAGAAAGAGAACGUUCAUUACUGGUUUUGAUCAAGAUCCUGAUACCUGUCACUCUGUUCCCAAACAGGUUCUUUCUUUUGGAUAAACAUGACACAUUCAUAAAAUGAUGUGAUAACUGGAUAUUUUUUCUUUAAAAAAAGAAUGUGCAUUAAAUUAAUUUAUUGUAGCAAUUAUUAAAGUAAAUAGGUUGUGACAGAA